GACUCAAAGCGAUUAGUGAUUACUAAUCCUACGCUUCAUCGAAUAGUGGAUACUGUUGAAUGUGAAGUGUGGACUGUUUUGUGUCAAUUAUCAUAAUAUUAUCAUUAUUUUAAUAAUAAAUUACAGCUUAUUCUCGUUUACAGUUUAUACAGUUGUUAUUCAUAACGUUUGAACCGAUUAGUUAUUUAAUAUAUUGAUUAAUAUCCGCCGACUUCAAGUCACUUCAAGUCCUUUCACUGGACUUAUAUUUCUAUUUGAAAGUGUGACCACACCCAUCGAAAAUAGGCCUAUCCGAUACUGCAGUCAUGGACAUGAUGAUUUCCAAUCUGCAACAGCAGCGGCAGAUAACGGAACAGCUUCGCCGAGAAGCAGCUGUGAAACGUAUACCCGUUUCACAAGCUAUACAAGAUAUUAUAAAAUAUAUCAGGGAACGAGAAAUGGAAGAUUGUCUAAUGGUUGGUUUUUCAUCGCAGAAAGCUAAUCCAUUCAGAGAGAAAAGUAGUUGUGCAGUUAUUUAAACUUAUGUAUUAUUUAAAAGUUAAAAUUACUUACAGUUAAUAUUGUAAGUUUAAAGGAAACAAAAAUAUACAAUUUUUUACUAUACCUACUGUAUUAACGAGUAUGAUCAAUUAUAAUUAUUUUAACUUCACUAUUACAUUUUAUUUUUUUUGCUUAGUAUGUACCAGUGAAAAAUUACUAUCUUAUAUAAUAUGUAUUACCUGAUUCAUUUUUUUAACUAAUAAAAUGUUUGUAUGACAAAUAAAA